GGGUUUGAGCGGUUUGAUGAUGAAUUUUCCUAUCUCUCACUGAAAACACUAAUAAAUCAACAAACGCCUACUCCGGAAUUCUUUUCUCUAAAGUAAUUCUUCUUUAAGGGAACACAAUUUCCUCAUAUGUUUCGUCUUUCUAUAAAAAAUGCCCGCGCUGGAAUAUUCAGAUUGAGCAUCGUCGUCCAUCGCCUUUUUAGAAUUAUUUACUCAUAAAUUUGUCGGUAACGUGAUGUUAUUACAAAGAGUGUUCCUUCAAAUUUUCAGUGCUUCGCUUUAUUUGUUUAUGAAAAUUUUAUACAGACUCUCAGCUCCAUGAAAAAAAAUCUCAGAAAAUGCUAAAGUACAUUAGCUCACCCGCCAACCAACACGAAUAGUAGUAUCGGCGCGUACAAAAAAAAAGAAAUUGACUCGAUGUACGAGAUGCAUUUCUUUGUGAUCAAACCGUUUAUUAAGGAGGAGCAAAAACAGAUAAGAACUUAUUAUCAAAAGAUUGGUUCCAAGCCAAAAACAUUGAAACAAUGGCACAUAUUUCAACAAAUUACCCAAAAACAAAGGCAACUGAUUUCUGAUAAUUAUUACCUCUGUACGUUAGUUGCAAAAAAUGCUUGUUUGCCCUUCAAUUAUAACACAUUUAAGUGGAAGGAAAGCAAGGGGCGAGGGGAAGGAUGUACGGCGGAAUGGCAAGAGAAAUCACUCUAUUCAAGUUGAAAUUGAUACAUUUUGAAGAAAUACGAAGCAACUUUACUCAAGCAUGAGAUAUCAAUAACAAUAACUUAUUUUACCGCAGAGUUAUGAGGAGGGAGUGCAAUUUAGAUUAACUUCCCCCAGAGAAUAGAAACGUUGGUAAAAUAUAAGCAGUUAGGUGCUUGUAGAUGUUAUCAGUUGUCAGUGUUAACACAUAACGAUUCAUGUGUGGCUAAGUUUGGUUAAAAGUCAAAUUGUAAACUUUUUUAAAAUUAUAAAGAGAAAAAUAUAAGAAGAUAACGCAAUUACACAUACACAUGCACAAACACGCAUCGCAGAGAAAGAAAUAUGUUCAAAAAUUGGCGUAAAUCAAAGGAAAUUAAGAGAUGGCCUCUUAUUGCCAAGGAAUUGGAAGACAAUAGUUUUUUAAAUUUACAAGAAACCAUGAUUGUGUUUGUCUAUGACACGGAGUGUCUCAAAGAUGAAUCCGAUGAUCCGGUUAAGGCGGUCCUGUAUUUUCAUCCCAGUUGGGUUUCGGAUACGCAAAAAGUGGCAUUAUGUGGCCAACUUAUGGGUACAUCUUACUUUUUAAAGGAUUGCUUUUUUAAACCGCGUAUCAUUGCUUUGCAAAAUGGAAAAUUUGUCCUUAAAGAAUUUGGGCGUUUUAUUUUGGCUGUUGGUACGGAUCGCAAUAUAUCUGAUUAUUUGCUUCAGCAUCGUGUCGACUUACUAACUGCUUUAGUUAAAUUUUACCAUCGCGAUUUGCAAUUAGUUUAUGAUCAAUUUCCUUUACAGUCUCAGUACAAGAAUCUAUCGGAGAAAUUAUAUCAUAUAUUUGAAACAUAUCUACCAAUUUUACAAUAUAACGGCAACAUAUUUCAAAAUAUACCUAAGUUGCGUAUACCGAAAACCGCGAGUAAUAUAUUUUUAGAAGCCAUACAAAUUUUACAAUGCUGUCAACAGACAAAAGGUGUAUUAGGCGGUGCCAUUCUGUAUCAUAAUAAGAUAGUCGCCACUCAGCUUACGGAUUAUGUAACUAAACAAAUUGUUUUAACCGAUCCUCUGCAUAUACGCAACACUGCUGAGCAUUUGACUGCCACUGACUUUCAUAUACCGCAUGGUGUGCUAAUGUUGAGUAUUUAUUUGGAUCAGCAACAAUAUCAAAAACUAGAAGCGGAAGCCCAAAGGGCUCAAAAUUUGCAAACAACUCAAUUGGGAUCAGGCCCAUUACCAUUUCAAUACAGUAGUAAACGUAAAAUGAAAAGAGACAAGUCGUUAAUUUUUACUCAUAUACCGGAGGAAGGCUCGUCGCAAAUCUCUCAGGAUUUUAGUGAAAGUUUGGAAUGUACUCAACAAACCCUGACCCCCACAAAACCUAAAUCUCUGCUAUGUCGACCAACGCAUUUGCCAUUGCGUAUAAAAAGCUAUAACAAUAAAGAAUUACCUGAAUCGGGUAUAGCUUCUAUCAAUUUUGAUGAAAAUGAUUCGUAUCCCGAAUUUAUCGGACGGACUAGCGUCUGUUCGACACCAAUGACUGAGAAUAAGGUUCUUGCGGUGGGUAACAUGAUGUCGAUUUGCGCUAAUCCCGAAGAUGAAAAUAAUUCGAACAAUUGUUCACAAGAUCAACAAAAAACUUUACAUAUGAAUCGUUGCAAUACUUUGAGAAAGGAUUUUGAGAAAUUCUUUCACAAUUUUAUCACUAACCCAAAUAAACUGGAACGCCGUAAUUCUUUGGCAGAUCUUCAGCAAUCUCUUAAAAAAUUUUCAAAAAAAAUAACGCUUAAACAAUUUUCGCAAAAUUUCAAGACUGAUGUUAAUCGUAAUGGCGAGGGUGAAGCGGAAUUGUCACCAGAUUUCAUAGAAAACGAUGACGACAAUUCGGAAGAGAAUUCGGAUAAUUCUGAUGAGAAUAAUCGUACUUCACGUACUAUAACUGAUCCCACAUAUCCUGUUUUUAAUUCAAAUGGUCAACCGAUAUCACGAAGUUUAUUUCAAGAAUUCUUAGAAAAAUAUUACAAAUUGUGGGGUGAAGCCGCCGAGGAGAGUAAGCAAAAUAACGAAAUAGCCAAUUUAAUUGAAGAAUUUAAAGAAUUUGAUACGGAAUUGCAAAAAUUAGAUGAAUCUAUACGUUCCACCACUACGGCCAUAAGUCAAACGACUGCUUUGAAAAAAGAUCGCAACUUAAACUUGGACUUAAAUUUAGAAAUAAAAACAAAAACUCCUUUAGAUAAGAAGUCAUUAAGUUUACCUUUGAAAUCGAUUUCAUUGGCUACGCCUUCUAUGGAUAGAACGUCCACAAUAUCUUUGAUUAAUCGCAAACAACUAAGUAACGGUGUUCCCCUUACGCCACUAAUGACGAAAUUAUCAGUUUUAGCUUUAAAUGAAGAUCGCUCUGUUUGGGAUUCCACACCUGGAACUGGUAUAGAAAUUCAAACACCUUUAGCCGCAUCGAAAAUUUUUACAGCUAAACGUAAUUCUUUAAAAUGUGAGGACGCUGUCGAUGCUUUAAUUACGCUGCCGGCUCAUUCUCAAAAUGCAGAUGGGCUGCAAAAAGCCGAGUUAUAUAUAUGCGGUCAGCAGAAUAUGACAUUAGUGCUGAUUAUGGAAUCGGGUUGCUCGCAGCAACAGAAAAUUGUACAGAAAAUGUUCGAUAUUUGUGUUGCUAAAUUUCCCCAUAUGGAGUCGCAUUUAAAUCAGACUUUAAAUAUUAAUGUUGAUGGUGAGCAACAACGCGAUGGCAGCUACAGUUUUAUGUGUAUCGAUAGCAAGUGGGAUGCUUUGCAACGCAACGGACCAUGGAAUCCAGUUGAAAUUAAUACAAUCGAGUGUAUGCAUACCGAUCUAUUGCGUAAUGAACAAGUGACUGAUUUAAUUUUAAGAUCUUAUGAUUCUAUAUUCUAUGCAUAUAAAUCGGGCAGAACUGAGAUAUUUUAUAAAGAGCCAGCCAAAGAAAUAUCGGGUAUACCGCCACCGUCCGAUGUCAUGGGUAACGUAAUAACGAAAGCUAAAACGCAUUUAGAACGCGAUCAUUCCUACGUAAUGUUUUAAAAAUCUAGCGAAAAUAAUUUUUCGAAAAUUACAAGCAAAAAUUUACACUGACAGAUACUUAACACUAAUUAGCAAUUUAGUAGAAAUAUUAACGAUAAAAAAAAUUAUAUUCGGUUUAGAUCGAAUUUUUUCACAUCCACCACUUAACAUAUGCAUGGUAUUUUUAAUUUACGGUCUUAUGGUAACUCUAAGGAAGAGUCCGACAAAAACAAGUUUGGAAGUUGGCGUAAAGAUCUUAGUCAGGGACAAGUCAAACCGAAUUUAUAGCUAUAAAUUAAAAGUGUUUUAGUUGUCAAAAUAAAGGGAAAAGUUAUUGAUUUCUCGGUAAUUACAUGUGGACUCAUGAACCGAAUUGAUUGAUUAACUUACGAACUUUACAAAGUUUGUUCAUUUAGUUAAAGUCUUUCUUACAUUGCAAUCAUUGUUACAAUGGAGAGACAGAUAGACAGACAGUCAUGAUUAAAUCAACUCCAAUUUCAAUUCACCCCGAAUAACAAUGCGCAUCCGAUUUGUUAUUCUCACAAUCUAUCAACAUUUCAAGGACCUAAUAUAUUUUCCGUGGUGGUGUAUAACAAGGACGAUAUGUUAACAUUUACAUAUUUUUUUAAUUGAAAUUGAAAAAUAAGAAAAUUUUGAUUGGAUAUUUUGUACAGUUAUGCGCUGUGUACGCGUUGCUUUUUAUCGAAAGAGCUCUGCUUUGCUGCCUUGAUAGGCUUAUAAAAAUUUAGUUACUUUCUCUUCUAAGUACAAACUUCGAAAUUUUUUCUUCGUCAUAUUUUCUCUUCCCUUUUAUUUAUUUAUUUAUCUUUUCUUUUUUUUUUUUGUUAACUAAUUAUAAUAAAAAAUCUUUUAAAUGAGUGAUGAACAAUGUGAAGAAAGAAACACAUUCCUUAAAUUAAUUUUUACCACUUUAAGUUGCCGUUAAGCAACUGAAAAGGAAAGAGGAGAAAAAACUUUGUGCCAAUUAUUAUGCCGUCGAAAUGCUUUUUCAUGAAAGCGCUUACUUAUAAAAAAAAUUUUUUUUAUUACUAUUAAGAAAAUUUAAGGAUUUAUGCGAUAA